GCAAACACGAGCUGAGUUACUAGUGCUACAACUGUCACAAUAGUGAGCUCUCUCUGUAUGUCUCUCUCUGUCUGUGUAGGCACUGCAGAGGAACGCAGAGUUCUGGAGAAAGCGGAGGAGUUUGGCUGUCAGCGGGAGAAGGCUUCUGUGCCUCCGGCAGAUGUGGAGGUAGAGAUCCUUGCUCUGGAGGUGCAGUGGGGUGAAGAUUUUGACCUGGAGUUGCAGUUCACCAACCGCAGCAGUCAGCAACGUGUGGUGAACAUCUACAUCAGUGGUAAUGUGGUCUACUACACAGGAGUGCCGAGUGCUGAGGUCAUCUUUGAGACACCGGUUGUGGAACUGGGGCCACAGCAGAGUAAAAAGGAAAAAAUUGUGGUGCGCAGUAAGGACUAUCAGAGUAAGCUGGUGGAACAGGGGAACCUGAACUUCAUCACUACAGGGAAAGUGAAAGAGACGGGUCGAAUCAUAACCACCAUGAGGGUUGUCUAUGUGCACAAUCCCAAACUCACUGUGCAGGUGGCUGGUUCUCUCAGAGUGGCUGAAGAGAUAUAUGUAACAGUGGAGUUCACCAACCCCUUCAAAUUCAGUUUGGAAAAUGUGUAUGUGCGUACAGAGGGGCCUGGCAUCGUGCCAAUCAAUACUAAACAGUACAGCCUAAUUGCCCCAGGCAGCUCUAUAAUAUGGAGUGAGUGUUUCAGUCCUCGAAGAGCAGGAACCACCAAACUGAUAGCCAGCCUGGACUGUGCUGCUCUCCGGCAGGUGUAUGGGGAGGUGGAGGUCACCAUCCAGCCAUGAGAGAGAGAGAGAGAGAGAGAAAAGGAAAGAAAUAAUAUUACAGAAAUUCCAUAGGUCAGUCUCUAUAAUGUUUGCUGACUGAAGAAAGAAAAUCAGUUAUAUACUUUUAAACAAUGUCUUGGACAAGCAUCAUGUUACCUUAUUUACCAUUUUACAGUUUUGUUUAAAUGAAUGUCAACAUAAUCGAGACCUGAUUCUUAAAUA